AUGUACAAAAAUAUUUCAAAUCGUGGGGAGGUUACAAAAGAAAAAAUCAAGAACGCGGUCGAGAAAGGGACUUACACAUUUGAACGAACAGGAAAUGAUGAGUUCUCUGUCACCUUGACUUACCCAUCCCGGGUAGAGAAGGUGAAGCCAUAUUCUUUAAGCGAUUUACAGGAUUUAAGAGGGCGCGCAUUAUUAAUUGCAAAACCUAGCGUGAGAAUAGAUAUCGAUGUAGAUACCGAAGAGCAUAGAGCAAGGGCAAUGAUCAUGGACGAAUUUGUUCGGCAAGUUGAUAUUGUGCACGAGAUUUGUAACGUUGGAACUAAAAUAAUACAGGUUGGACACUUUGGAUAUCGACAAUUUAAGAAGGAAAUCUCGGAUGACAAUAAAAUGAACGAAUUAGCUGAUUUACUUAAAAAACUUAAAGACGAAUUAAAAGAAUGGGAAGAAAUCGUUAAUCGCGCACAAAGAGAUCAUUACUACCUAACAUUCUUUCCGGCUCGUUAUAUUCUUGCUUUCCUCGACUACUUUACCGGAGAUGAAAAGAAGAAUAAAGAAAAUUGUGAAAUUCUCAUACAAUUUGUCAACAGAAGUGCCAGAAUGCUGCCCAAGAAAGGAGCUUUUGGUUUCUCACGUAAAAAUAACGAUCAUUAUCUGGUCCUUUGCGAAAUCGGUGCAAAACUAAAAAAUACUUUUGGCAACAUCCCGAUACAACCAAAGCCACUUAAGACCAAAGGAGAAUUGGUUACAUCUGACAUAGUACUCAAUGGAAAACUAUUUGUUGCUUCCUGCGAUAACAAAUCAUUGGUUCCUAAUAUCAUCAUGUCGGUCUACGCAAAUCAUGGGAAUUACCCAGAACCAUGGCAAAUCUUGAUCUGCAAAUCCACCACGACUAUGGAAGAACUCUCCAUCUUUCUCAUGCGUUGUUUCCUUGCAUCUGAUAAUGGGUAUAAAAAUCAUCUGUUCUGCAUCGCGAAUUUAGAAUUACUCGAAUUUGAUCUUCAAUAUAGUCUCGUGAAUAAUAUAAGAUCUUUGCGUGAGAAACACAAUGAUUAUUUGCUCGCAUUGAUUUGUUGUCAAGAGGCCGGAGUUCAUCAUCACAUUUUAGAUCAAUUUUCUCAAGAUGUUGUUAUCACCAAUGGUUUAGGCGUCGAGACGAUGAAAGAUAUUUAUCAACAACUGUGUCCGUAUGCUGUAUGUGUCUCCUCGGAUUUGUCAGGGCAAGGCAAGAGUGAAUGGAUCAGACAAUCUAGCUACAAGAAGCAAAUUGUUCCGCGUAGCUUCCUUAUCAGUGAUGGGGUUAACUUUAGUAGACUAGUUCAUCAGCUUAAAGAACUCAAUCUUCGUAAAGUGGAAAGUUUACAUAUCAAUAUUGUGUCUGCGGAUAAUUAUAACGACGUUAAUAUGUUCUUGUUUGAGCUUUUGACUUUAGGCUUUGUAUAUAGCGACGUGGAUAUCACGUGCCUUCCGCAAACUAGCAUAUUUAUUGAAGUUGCUUCGACAAUUGGACAACAAUUGCUUAAGUUACUUCCAAUCACCGGUUAUUUGUUGAAGCAACAUCUAUCAUGGGACAUUAGAAAUUUAAUUAUAUCACAGGAGAUUCACAGUCCAAUUCAAGUGGUGUGUCAAUAUUUGGAUGCGCUUGAUCAGAAUCAGAUUGACUCAAGAGAUAUUUUAUUCCGUGGGGAAGGCUCAGUUAACAAGAAUUUGCCGACAAUAAGGUGCCAGGAACUGGUGGCCAAAUAUUUUUUUAAUCAAAAUGCAGAUAAUAUUUCAUCAUUCCGUUUUGUGGAAAUUUUUGUCAGUGUUUUAGCCGAUCAAUUGAUACGAUUGUCAUUAAGUUCUUAUUUCCGUGUCGAAAACUUGAAGCAAAUGGUAGAAGAAGAAAAGCUAAGGAGUACAUUGGUUGAAAAAUUAUUGGAAGUUUCCAAAGACUUUGCAACUCGUUCAGUUCAUGCCAAGGCGACGCAACUGAAAUCCAUUGAAGUAGAUUCGUUAGAUAGCAUUGAAAUUAACGUCAAAUCAUGGGAUGAUUCUAAUCAUCUUUUGGUAUUCUUUAUGUCUCAAAACCCGGAUUCAAUUUGUGCUUUGUAUCGAGAUAAAAAUAAAGUUGAUAAGAAUAGUUUAACAAAUCGUCCACAAAAAUUGAAAAGAAAUAGAUAUCCAAUCGAAGGUCCUGGGUAUCCGUCAAUACAAAUGCGAUGCAUUGUUUUAGCACUCUGUCUUUGCUAUCAAUCUAGGAUCUAUGAUCAGGAAGAAC